CGGCCGGGGCCGCCGGCGCGGUUGACCCAGCGCAGCGCGGACGGGUCAUGUCGCCGCCGCCGCUGCUGCCGCCGUGAGGAGGCGGUGCGAUGCGGUGAUGGCGGAGCUGCGCCAGGAGUCGGUGGUGCAGUUCCUGGCGGCGCGGGGCGGGCGGGCGCCCAACGCGGAGCUGGUGGAGCAUUUCCGGGGCUGGCUCAGCCCCCCGGAGCCCGCCCGCCGCGCCGCCGCCCGCCGCCGCUUCAAGGAGCUCGUCAACGCCGUGGCCACCGUGCGCCAGGAGCCCGGCACCGGCGCCAAGUACGUGCAGCUCCGCCGCCGGUACUGCCCCGCGGAGCCCGCCGGCGCCGUGACCCCCGCGGAGCAGGCGGCGGCGGGGGGCAGCGCGGGGCGGCCGAGCCCGCCGCCCUCCCCGCCGGCGGGCGCUGAGGAGCCGCCGCCGCCGCCGCCGCCGCCGCCGCCGCCGGGCAGCGAUGCCGGCGGCCGCCCCCAGCCAGGCGCGGCGGCGGGCGGCGGGCGGCGGCGGGGGGCGCGGCGGGGGCCGCCGGCCGGGCGCGGCGGCGGGGAGGCGGCGGUAGCGGCGGCCGAGGAGGAGCCGGCGGCGGCGUCGGGGGGCGGGUGCCGGGGCGCGGGGACGCCGCGGGGCGGCCGCAGGAGCCUGCGGGAGCUGCCGCGGGGCGGCUCGCCCCAGGCGAAGCGCGGCGGCCCCGGCCCCGGCGGGCCGCGGGGGGCCCGCGGCGGCGGCGAGUCGGACAGCGCCUCGGUGGCCUCGUCGUCGGCCGAGGAGGAGGCGGGGGCGGGCGCCGUGGCGCUGGACCCGCUGGAGCACGCCUGGAUGCUGUCGGCCUCGGACGGGCGGUGGGAGAGCCUGGAGGGGCUGCUGAGCUGCGAGCCGGCGCUGCUCUGCAAGCGGGACUUCGUCACCGGCUUCACGGUGCUGCACUGGGCCGCCAAGCACGGGCGGCAGGAGCUGCUGGCCAUGCUCGUCAACUUCGCCCAGCGGCACCGGCUGCCCGUGGACAUCAACGCCCGCACCAGCGGCGGCUACACGGCGCUGCACCUCGCCGCCAUGCACGGGCGCACCGAGGUGGUGAAGCUCCUGGUGGGCGCCUACGACGCCGAUGUGGACAUUCGCGACUACAGCGGGCGCAAGGCCGCCCAGUACCUGCACCAGGGCACCCCGGGGGACAUGCGGAGCCUCGUGGGGGCCCUGGACGAGGAGGACGAGGAAGAGGAGGAGGAAGGGGCCGCUGGCAAUGGGAGCGGGCGCUGGAGGCUCUCCAAAGUGUUGCCCUCCAACCUCAUGAGCUACCGGCUCUCCCACCACCAUCACCACCACCACAGCACAGGGGAGGAGGCCGAGGGCACUGAAGGGGCAGCGGUGCCAGGCAAGGGCAAGGAGAUGACCAGGAAAGCCUCUGGUAGCGGGCGGAUGAAGCCUCGGCUUAAUAAGAUCCGCUUCAGGACUCAGAUCAUCCACAACACCUUCCGAGGUGACGCCGAGGAGGAGGAGCAGGAGGAGAAGUCCCUGAAAGCAUCAUUCAAGCUCAGGCCGAAGUCCAAUGUCUUUGGAUAAGGCAGGAGGCCUGGGAGAUGGGCUCGGGGACCAAUGCACCUAGGGUGUAGUACGGGAAGUGGGGCAGGCAGGAGCGGGUGCUCCUCUAGACUUGUGUGCUCUCGGGGGACAGGUCCUGAGUAUCUUGCUUUAACUCUGGGGUGUCCACCAGGCCAGCAGGGCUGUGGUGGUUCACAACUCCUGAGAAAGCAGCUGCUUCGAUUUUCCCCUUGGUGCUGGAGCAAGGGGUAGUGGGUGCGUUGAGAAAUGCUGGGGGUGUUUAAAAGCUGUGCUGCUUUCUCUCUAACGGCAGACUUCUGCAUCAGAAACCUGCAUUAGUAAAUCUAGGAUUAGCGAGCUGAGUGGAGGGAAGAAAAAUGCAAAUGCUCUGCUCUUAGUUUACCAGCUGGUACUAUAAACUACUUGUGAAUAGCUGGCUAUUUAAGAACACCUCAGUAGUAUGCAAGUAUACUUUUUUUCCAACAGCAAUACCACCUAGCACAGUGUGGAGCUGGGUACCUAAAAGGAGACUGCAGAUAAAUGGUUUCCUGUAGGAAUCCUAGUUCCGGUUCAGCAAAGACUUGAACCUGUAUUGACUUUAUGCAUUGAAAAUUGCCUAAUUUGACAUCACAUAUAUUUAAAAAAAAUGCACUGCAGACAAUGAAUAGAGUUAAACAUGCAGAAGUCUCUGCUGUCAGAGGUACUACUGAACUUGUUUAUUAUUGUUGGAAUAUUAAUACAAGAUAAUGUAAGCAAAGAGUCUUUUUAUAUAUUUGGUAUCUUAUGUUUUGUCGUAGGCAAAGCAAUUUUAUUUUAAUCACUGUGAAUUCUCAAGUGCCAGACCUAGCACAGUUUGAGUUAUUGAAGUCUGGUCAGUUCUUGUUAACGUUGUUUGUAUGACUCACUGCAUUUAAAACCAGAAAACUGCAUUGUGUGUGUUACGUAUGAAAGUCAUAUUCUGUUUCAAAGAAGAGCACAGAAACCACUGCAUGAAACCUUCAUGAAGCUCUGACAAGGUCCUGUAGUGCAGUAGUACAGGUCUUUGUUCACUAGUGACUUGUGUUCCAAUUCCUUCAGCUGACUUUGUGCGCAACAGCCAAAAAGACGAGGGGAGCAGGAGGCGCAAGGUGCGUAACCAGAACUCUGAAACUCUCCCCCUGUUUGUUUAGCUUAUGCGGUAAAAGCAGUGUAAGAUACGUUCCAGUUAAUGAUGGCAGUGGUGUUUGAGCUCUUUUAAACCGAUAUUUCUAGAGAAGUAAUCACCAGGCCUUUGAACUGCUGUUUAACAAGCUGGUAAGUCUUAAUCUGAUUGAUGAGCCAAUCUGUCCACUAAAGCUUUCAGAACACUUGACUCUUGCUUCUCUGCUUUAAUGGUAGCAAUUCCAAUGAAACCUAGGGGACAGAUUGGUAUCCAAACCCACCUCUCCUUAAGAAGGAGCUAUCGAGCUGACCCUGUAUCCCGAAUGCUGCUCAAGAUAGAAGCUCAUCUAUGCUUAAAUGGCAAGGUACUGCCUGUUUCAAUGCAACGUUUGUCAUGUUUUGAGUCGCGCUUCCUCAGAGUGCGUGUGCAUGUCUGUCCAGUAACUCACCGAGCAUAGGUGAACUUUGAUAGCUAAAAAUCAAAAUUUGAGACACUAAUUACGUUUAUGCCACAAGCCCUAGAAUGUGUCACAGGGAAACUGCUUCUGGGAGUUGUGCACUUUCAAAGUAACAGCUGUAGGUAGCUGUUGCCAUUGACUUAUGUUUCUUCUAGUGACAGAGGAAGGGAGUGUUGGUGAUUCACUGGUUUCAGAUUUUCCAUGCAGGUAAACUUCCAAUUUCUGUGCUUUGUAUCAAAUUCUAAGAAGUGACAGUGUUUGUACAGGCAUGCAAGCAACGCUUAGCUAUUUCUGGAGAAAGCUGCAAGAAAAAAAAUGAAUUUCUGCAUAAAUGCUGGUCAUUGCUUUUGUGCAAAGAUUAGAAAUUAUGCAGAGGUUCAGCUUUAGUUUAUAAUUAAUAAGCUAUAUUAUAAAUUUCAUGUGCCUUUAUUUUUGAUUGGUUGCUAUAAGUGUGAUGGAUACAGUCAGUCUUGCAAAGCACUUUGUCUUUCUGUCUGUGGGGCAGGACCAGAAAUCUUCCCCCAGCCCUUCUGUUUAAGCUGUAAAUGGGUACUACAGAUGUAGUGUCUGAAAGGGGGAAAAUCAUAUAUAUUGUACUGCAGAGCUAACUUUUUUGACACAGAAGAGAAUUACAUGUCUUAAAUCCUCUUCACUGCAUAAAAUAAAUAGCUUUUUAAGGUUCUAUAAAGACACUUGCAGCUUGAGCCAUCUUCAACAUGGCACUUCUCAGUUGCACAUAUUCCAUGCAACUACCUACUUCCAGACCCUAUUAAAGUAACUUUCUGCUUUGGGAGUUCAUAGCUUUUUCAUAUUAACUGUCAUGUGUUGAUCUCUUCACAUGCAAAUAGCAAAGAAUUGCACAAAAAUACUAAAUUUAUAUAGCUCUUGGGCCUCGGGGAAAUAAUUUGACAGUUUGAUGCUUUGGGAUAUUGGAAUAUAGCACACUUUAGAUUUUAGUAGACUAACUGGAACACAGUUUUGUCUUGCGUAAUACAGUAGGACUUUGGCAAUGACUAAUAGAAUUUGAAAACUGAUUAAAAAAGGUGCAUCGCUAUAACUCAUUAUUUGAACUAUCAAAGUGAAAUAUGCUCCAUUCUAAUAUCAUUCUGUCUUUAACUAUCAAGUAAUGAGAUUUCACCAUAACCGUUCAAAGGUCUUUGCAAGGUGGGGUACAUGAUACCAAGUCCGAACUGUAAAAAAUUGUACUGUUAUUUGCAAGAUAUUGACAAAUAGCUAGGUAACCAUUAAUGUCUCUUACGCUAUGGUACUAAAGCACUUUGAUUUCACGUUUUGACUUGUCACAUUCCACACAGUUACUUUUUUAUAACAUGAGCUAAAACUUAAGGUUUGUUUGGGGACAGGAAAAGCUUGAUGCCCUGUUUCAGAAUAUUUACAGUUUGAAGGUACUAUUGAGUCAGAUAUUUUGGAUAUGUUGCCUAGAAAGAUGUGAAUUUGAAAUAAAGUUGUUUGGUACAAAAAAGAAAAAAAAAACUGGAGCACUUACUAGUCUUUUUAAUAGUACACUUGAAGUUACUGGAUGUGUUUAUUCACUUUCUAUGGUAGUAUGUAAUGCAGCAAGACUGUAAUGUAAACAUUUGAUAUCUUUUAUUGUAUCCUAUGCCUGAAAUAUUAGAGGCCUGGAAGCCUGACAGUUUUUAUUAAUACAACUUUUUAUGGGUGUCUUUCUGAACGGUUGAGUUAAGAAUCUGUAUAUUUUAGUUUCACUGAAAUAAA